CAUAGACCCUAGAGGACGACAUAUCUCACUAGGACAACUGCCACCAUGAAGCGACAACCGAGCGCGGUCGACGAGCCCGACACCGACGAGGAGCAGGAUGUGAUGCAGAACAUCGACCCGGAGCUGCGCCUGCGCACGGUGCGCACCGCGGCCAGUACCAUUGCGGAGAGCAACCGCAACGAGGAGCAGCGCGCGGCGCGGCGGAAGAACGUGAAGCGCAAGCGGAGCCGCUUCUUUCGGCGGGAUAGAAAGCAGGCGUCCGAGGCUGAGAGCGCCGCCUCUGCGCUAAAGCCGGGCGUGAUACCGGGCAAGCGGCGAAACGUGUACGUGAACAUGCCGCUGACGGCGAUGGAGGUGGACGCGCAUGGCGAGCCCGUGGAGCGGUACGUGCGGAACAAGGUCCGCACGAGCAAAUACACGAUCGUAACGUUCGUCCCGAAGAAUCUCUUCGAGCAAUUCUAUCGCGCGGCGAACAUAUUUUUCCUGGUUAUGGCUGUCGCCCAAGCUUUCCCAAUAUUUGGUGCUGCCUCUCCACAAAUAUCCAUGCUGCCCUUGGUCUUCAUCCUGACAGUGACCGCCAUUAAAGACGGUAUCGAAGAUUACCGUCGCGCGUCGCUCGACGAGGAGGUCAACACUUCUGCCGCGACUAAGCUCGGCGGCUCCUUUCGCAACGUUAACCAACCUACGGACCCGCGCGAAUGGUGGGAAAAGCUGCUGGGGCUGAACAAACCGGGACGUGUGACGAAGGGCGUGCGGCGCCUGCGCGAGAAAGACGCCGAGGCGGGUCGGGAGCGCAUCGUGCUUGAGCGCGCGGGCGGCGAGGACGACGGGCGGAGCACGAUGGACACCGUGCGCGGGAACGACUCGCGUGUGACGCUCGGAGGGAAGUUGGAAGAUAUCCAGAGCAUUGACGAGCACUCGUAUCCGCCCGGGCUCGCCAUGACGGCAGAUGCGUCUAUGUCGAUGUCCAGCACGGCGCUCGUCAGUAUGGGCAUCGCGGACGACGGCUCGUCAACGCAACUGGCCGGGAAUACGCUCCGUGGCACUGGUGCCGACUCCGUUCGCUCGCGCCCAUCCAACCAGUGGGGCGUGCUCGACCUGAACAAACGCUCUUCUGGGACCGCCAUCUGGGAGCGCACGCUUUGGAAGAAGCUGGAGGUGGGCGACAUCGUGCUCUUGCGCGAUGAUGAGCAGGUCCCGGCCGACAUCAUUGUGCUCGCCACGUCCGAUGCGGACGGGAUGUGCUAUCUCGAGACGAAGAACCUCGAUGGCGAGACCAACUUGAAGCCGAGGCGCGCCCUGAAGGCUACCGCCGCGAUACGGAGCGAGGAGGAUAUCGAGCGUGCGAGCUUCGUGUUGGACUCGGAACCGCCGCACGCGAACUUGUAUCUGUACAAUGGGCAGCUCAGAUACCGCGAUCCGGCAAGUCCGAGUGGAGAAGAGAAGCGCGAGGCGGUAACGAUCAACGAGCUGCUGCUCCGUGGAUGCACGGUCCGCAACACGGCGUGGAUAAUUGGGCUCGUUGCGUUCACCGGCGCGGACACGAAGAUCAUGCUCAACGGCGGCGAGACGCCGUCGAAGCGUUCGAAGAUCGAAAAGGAGACGAACUUCAACGUUGUGAUGAACUUUAUCGUACUGAUCGGCAUGUGCGCCUUCGCCGCGGUGGGUAGCGGGAUUAUGGACGGGAAAGGGAACACUAGCGCACAUUUCUUUGAACAACACGCUGACGCUACGGACAGCCACGUCGUCAAUGCGUUGGUUACCUUCGUUGCUAGCCUCAUCGCCUUCCAGAACAUCGUUCCCAUAUCGCUGUACAUCUCCAUCGAGAUCGUCAAGACUAUCCAAGCGUAUCUCAUCUCACAGGAUGUCGACAUGUACUACGAGCCGUUCGACACUGCCUGCGUUCCCAAGACAUGGAACAUCUGUGACGACCUGGGCCAGAUUGAAUACGUGUUCAGCGACAAGACUGGCACACUCACGCAGAACGUGAUGGAGUUCCAGAAGUGCUCAAUCCGGGGUAUCGUCUACGGAGAGAACAUCACAGAGGCGCAGCGGGGUGCUGAGAAGCGCAAGGGCGAGGCGUCCGGUGACCCAGAAGAGCACAAGGAAAAGAUGGUGCGGAUGAAGAAGGGCAUGGUAGACAAGAUGAACCGCGCGUUUAAGAACCGGUACAUGCAGCUCGACAAGCUCACCCUCGUUGCGCCCAACCUUGCCGAGGAUCUCACGGACCGGACCAGGGAACAGAGAAGUCACUGCAUCGCAUUCUUCCGCGCGCUUGCGGUGUGCCACUCCGUCCUGGCGAACAAGCCCGAGCCGCAAACGAAGCCGUUUCUCGUCAAUUACAAAGCAGAAAGCCCUGACGAGGCUGCGCUUGUUGCGGCUGCACGCGAUGUUGGGUUUCCCUUCCUCCAGCGUACAAAGGAUGCGAUUGACAUCGAGGUGAUGGGCCAGCACGAGCGCUACGUUCCGCUGAAGGUGCUCGAGUUUAAUUCCACGAGGAAAAGGAUGAGUGUCGUCGUGCGCAACCCGGAGGGCAAGAUCGUAUUGUAUUGCAAGGGCGCAGAUAGUGUGAUCUACGAGCGCCUUGCCGCGGACCACGACCCGGAGCUGAAGGAGCGAACGUCGAAGGACAUGGAGGCGUUCGCCAACGGCGGCUUGCGGACGCUGUGCAUUGCCUACCGGUACAUGUCUGAGGCAGAGUACUUUGACUGGAGCCGGAAGUACGACGAAGCUAGCGCGGCUAUCAAGGAUCGAGACGAGGAGAUCGACAAGGCGAACGACCUGGUGGAGAAGGAUUUGCUGAUCUUGGGUGCGACGGCGUUAGAGGACAAGCUGCAAGAAGGCGUGCCGGAGGCAAUUGAGACGCUCCACAGCGCAGGAAUCAAGUUGUGGAUCUUGACUGGUGACAAGGUGCAGACGGCCAUCGAAAUCGGCUUCAGUUGCAACCUGCUGAAGAGUACUAUGGACAUUAUGAUCUUGUCCGCAGAGUCAUUGCACGGGGCUCGAACGCAGAUCGAGGCUGGUUUGAACAAGAUCGCCUCCGUCCUCGGCCCACCGUCGCUGGAUCCUCGCCAUCGUGGCUUCAUGCCCAACGCUAAGGCCUCCUUCGCCGUGGUCAUUGAUGGAGAUACCCUGCGUCAUGCAUUUGAUACGUCGGUGAAGCCUCUGUUCCUUAACCUCGCAACGCAAUGCGAAACUGUCGUCUGUUGUCGUGUCUCGCCGGCCCAGAAAGCACUGACCGUCAAGAUGGUCAAGGAAGGUCGUGAAGCGAUGACGCUUUCGAUUGGCGAUGGCGCCAAUGACGUGGCCAUGAUCCAGGAGGCGAAUAUUGGAUGCGGUCUGUUCGGUCUCGAAGGCUCGCAAGCAGCCAUGUCGGCCGAUUACGCAUUUGGCCAGUUCCGGUUCUUGACCAAGCUGCUAAUCGUACAUGGCCGUUGGUCAUACCAGCGGAUUGCAGACAUGCAUAGCAACUUCUUUUACAAGAACGUAAUUUGGACGUUUGCCAUGUUCUGGUAUCUCCCUUGGAACAGCUUCGACUCCACCUACCUCUACCAGUAUACCUUCAUCCUGCUCUGUAACUUGGUCUUCACCUCGUUACCCGUCAUUGCCAUGGGCGCAUUCGACCAGGAUAUCAACGCCAAAGCCGCGUUGGCAUUCCCCCAGCUCUAUGUUCGUGGCAUACGCGGAUUGGAGUACACUCGGACGAAGUUCUGGCUUUACAUGCUGGAUGGCCUGUAUCAAUCCGCGGUAGUGUACUUCAUCGGGUACUUCACGUGGGUUCUGGGUCCAGCGGUAUCCUGGAAUGGGAAGGCCAUGGACUCGCUGUCCGAUUUCGGUACUACGGUAUCAGUGGCUGCCAUUUUCGCGGCUAAUUUCUACGUCGGCUUGAAUACCCAUUAUUGGACCAUAAUCACCUGGGUGGUCGUGUUCGGCUCGUCCCUCAUCAUGGUCGCUUGGAUAGCCAUAUACUCAUUCUUUGACACGCCUGACUUCAACGAUGAAGUGGCCAUCCUCUACGGCGGCAUCACGUUCUGGGCGACAAUAGUCAUUUCCGUGGUUCUAGCACUCACUCCUCGAUACCUCGUCAAGUUUGUCUCCUCCGCGUACAUGCCCCUCGACCGCGACAUCGUCCGAGAGAUGUGGGUCAAGGGUGACCUGAAGGACCGUCUGGGCAUCAAACAUCAUCGUGAUCGGACGAGGGCCGACCCCGAGGCGGUACCAAUGUACAAAAACGUGCAUUUCCGCGCAGAGUCGGAGAUGGGUGGAGACGACGGUUACGAACCGGUGGAGAUGCGCAGUCCGCCGACGAUGUCGCCAUCCCCGUCUAGCACCCCGAUGGCGUCCACGCCCUACUUCGACAGCCCGCACGCUCCCGAGCAAGCUCAUACCCACGACGGAGAGGCUGAAGCGCAGUAUGUCACCGCCCCAGCGCGUCCCGAUGGUGGGCUUAGCCCGUACCCGCCAACCCGCUCUCCAUUGCCCACCUCUGUAUCUCCUGCACCAUCCUACUACUCAUCUUCCCAGAUCCCUCCUCCCUCACCCAUGCCCCCAACCGUGUUCUCUCCUGCCGUGCAGUCCCCCAGAACCCCCAGUUCUGGCGUCAGCCUGCAUCCCAUACGCACCAGCGUACCAACGCGCCCUGCCGCAUUCGACGAAGAACCGCUCACGCCUACGCCGACAACGCCGCACCCGAUGUCGCCCACGUUGCUGCAAGUCCCCGGCUCGCCGGCCUCGGGCGCCGCCCCUCACGCGGUGCACUUCCAGCACGCGAGCGGCCUGCCCUCGCACGACCACGACCCGUUGCGGAGUCCGCCACCGGACCGGACCGACCUGUCACGCGCGAGCGAGUGGACGCAGGGGACGUACGCGACAGCGCAGGAAGGCUACACCUCCCAGGGCGAGGAUUGGUCGGAUGACUAUGAUCGGGAGGAGGAUCGGUCGCCCGCGCCGCACGGCCACGUGCGCCCAGCUAGCUAUCAAUCAUGGACACCGAGGGCGAUAUAGCAUCCCUCGUAGUCGUCCUUUCCAUUCCUUUGUUCACUACUCUCAAUCCAUGCUGUUCCUUAUUUUGUCCUUCAUCCUUCCAUGCAGUGCUGUGCUAUCAUAUCUGCUAUCUAUUAUCUUCACCGUUUUGUUUCUUGCAUCUGGGACUUUUAGAAAGAAAUGUCGAAUCAAAUCUGGAAGUCGCUUGUUGUUCUUUUCCUGCGCUGUAGGCGCAAAACAUUACG